GAUAUGAUGAUUAGAGCAUAACCAGAGUGACACGUUGAAUUCGCCAUAAUCAAGGAAACCUUUUCCGGGUGGGGAUCUCUGAAAUUACUCAGUGAGCAACCCUAAUUAACCUGAUUUUUUGCUGAUAAUCACUCUCAAUGGAAUCAAAUCACAAAUCCGGGGAUGGAUUGAGCGGCACCCAGAAGGAAGCAGCCCUCCGCGCACUGGUCCAGCGCACAGGAUAUAGCUUGGUCCAGGAAAAUGGACAGAGAAAAUAUGGCGGCCCUCCUCCUGGUUGGGAGGCUGCACCCCCAGAAAGGGGCUGUGAAAUUUUUAUUGGAAAACUUCCCCGAGACCUUUUUGAGGAUGAACUCAUACCACUAUGUGAAAAAGUGAGUCCAAAUUUAAUAUCUAAUUUUUCUUUUCUUUCAAGGGAAAAAUGCUACCACAGGAAGAUCAAUGGAUUUGGCAACUACCAGUGUCCAAGCCACUCAGUCUCAAGAAAUGGGCGUCUCUUAGGGGUUUGUGCCAGUGUGGACAACUGCCGAUUGUUUGUCGGGGGAAUUCCAAAAGCCAAAAAAAGAGAAGAAAUCUUAACAGAAAUGAGAAAGGUCACUGAAGGAGUUGUUGACGUCAUUGUCUACCCUAGCGCUGCAGAUAAAACCAAAAACCGGGGCUUUGCCUUUGUGGAGUAUGAGAGUCAUCGGGCAGCUGCCAUGGCCAGGAGGAAACUGCUACCAGGAAGAAUCCAGUUAUGGGGACAUCCUAUUGCCGUAGACUGGGCGGAGCCAGAAGUAGAAGUUGAUGAAGACACGAUGUCUUCAGUGAAAAUCCUCUACGACACUGAGACAGGUGCUGUGGAGAGAGUGAAAAAAAUCCGAGACUAUGCUUUUGUGCACUUCAGCAACCGAGACGAUGCCGUUGAGGCUAUGAAAGCUUUAAAUGGAAAGGUGCUGGAUGGUUCCCCCAUUGAAGUGACCCUUGCCAAACCAGUGGACAAGGACAGUUAUGUUAGGUACACCCGAGGCACAGGUGGAAGGGGCACCAUGCUGCAAGGAGACUACACUUACUCUCUGGGCCAUGUUUAUGAUCCCACUACAACCUACCUUGGAGCUCCUGUCUUCUAUGCUCCCCAGGCCUAUGCAGCUAUUCCCAGUCUUCAUUUCCCAGCCACCAAAGGACACCUCAGCAACAGGGCCAUUAUCCGAGCCCCUUCUAUUAGAGAAAUUUACAUGAAUGUACCUGUAGGGGCUGCGGGAGUGAGAGGACUGGGCGGCCGUGGCUAUUUGGCAUACACAGGCCUGGGUCGUGGAUACCAGGUCAAAGGAGACAAGAGAGAAGACAAACUCUAUGACCUUCUACCUGGGAUGGAGCUCACCCCAAUGAAUCCUGUCACUUUAAAACCCCAGGGAAUUAAACUUGCUCCCCAGAUAUUAGAAGAAAUUUGUCAGAAAAACAACUGGGGACAACCAGUGUACCAGCUGCACUCUGCCAUCGGACAAGACCAAAGACAACUAUUCCUGUACAAAAUAACCAUUCCUGCUCUGGCCAACCAGAAUCCUGCCAUCCACCCUUUCACACCUCCAAAGCUAAGUGCUUAUGUGGAUGAAGCAAAGACAUAUGCGGCCGAAUACACCCUGCAGACCCUGGGCAUCCCCACUGAUGGCGGUGACGCUGGGACCGCAGCUGCUGCUGCUGCCACUGCCUUCCCAGGAUAUGCUGUCCCUAAUGCAACUGUACCUGUGUCUGCAGCCCAGCUCAAGCAAGCAGUGACCCUUGGACAAGACCUGGCAGCAUACACAACCUAUGAGGUCUACCCCACUUUUGCAGUGACUGCCCGAGGAGAUGGAUAUGGAGCCUUCUGA